CUCUCUCUCUCUCGCUCGCUCAAUUGGCGUCAGCGGUUUCCCAGCAACAGCCGGGCUUGAGCUCAUCUCAAUCAUCCGCCGCUGAGCGCAGUCAAGACGCAAACACUCACUCCGGCUGCAACCGGAAGUCCGGUGGAUUUACCGAGAAAAUAAAAGCACAUUGAGUUCAGGUCCGCUCAGCUGUGGCAGAGCAGAGAAUAACCAUGGAGCGCAACAAGACGCGUUGGAGGGACUCACCAAGCGGACAGGAAAAGUGUCAGUUUCUGAUCAGUUUCUAAGUCACUUUCAGAGACCGUGGACAGAUUUUCGUUCACCAGCAGGUGGACGCUGAGUUAUUUUAAGCGUGCGUAAACUGCCUGGAGAGGUCUAGGAAAGAAAAUAGUCUUGGAGUGUCUAGCAGCUACCAAAGAACGGAAGGAAAGGAAGAGCAAAGAAACGAGUGUCCGUUGGAUAGAAAUGCUCUCUUUGUUAUUUUUUACACACGUUUGAAAAUCUCACGUUGCUUUUGGGGAAAUGUCUCUGGUGUGCGCUGCGUAAAAAAAAACAACAACAACAACAAAAAAACAAAACACGAACAGCUUUCAUGUCUCCUACUUUUCUUCAAUGAAACUGUAAACGAAGCUGAGAUUUGUCAAAGAAGGAGGCACUGGGCUAAAACUGAGAGCCAGUCACCGAACAGUGAGGAGCCAUGGUGAAGUUUCACAACUCGGACCUCUGGAUUGCCUGGAUCGUCAUAUUCUGCAUGGAGGGUUCAAGGUUUGAUCCACACACAGGGAAAGCGUGUGUGCGGGCGCUGGAUGUGACGGUGUCCCAGAGCAGUAUCCAGGUAGCUCGUGGCCAAGCCGCUGUCCUACCAUGCUCCUUCACCACCAGCGCUGCCCUCAACAACCUCAACAUCAUCUGGAUGGUGAUACCACUGUCCAAUGCCAACCAGCCAGAGCAGGUGAUAAUCUACCAGGGCGGCCAGGUGUUCAGCCUAGCCAAUCACCUCAAUGGUCGUGUGGGCUUUGUGGCCACCAUGCCAAGCACAAGUGCCUCCAUCUUCAUCAACAACACCCAGCUGUCCGACACUGGGACCUACCAGUGCCUGGUCAACAACCUCCCAGACAGAGGGGGGCGCAACAUUGGCGUCAUUGGGCUCACCGUAUUGGUGCCCCCCUCUGUGCCAGCAUGUCGAAUCCAGGGCACGCUGGAUGUAGGAAGUGACAUCAUGCUGUUCUGCAGCUCUGAGGAAGGUAUUCCCACACCGUCCUACUCCUGGGAGAAGCUGGACGCGCUGCCCAAGCUGCCGCACAACGCCAUGCAAGACCAAAUGCAGGGCACUGUAACACUGAGAAACAUCAGCACCAGCACCUCAGGACUCUACCAGUGUACCUCCAGCAAUGCAAUUGGCAAGAGCACCUGUCUGCUCAACCUGCAGGUUGUAGCACCCCAGCCUCAAAGUGUGGGUCUGAUAGCAGGGACCAUUGCUACAGGAGUCCUCGCUGUCAUCAUCUGUGCCCUGUUAGUGGUGGUCUCACUUUUCUACUGGAAGAACAAGAACAAAUAUGAUGAGGAGGAGAUUCCUAAUGAGAUCAGAGAAGAUGAUCUUCCUCCCAAGAGGUCAUCAUCAGUGAAGGCUUUUCAUGCAGACGCCUCAUCAUCAGAGAACGACACGCUGACAUCUACUAACACCUACAACAGCCGCUACUGGCACAACCCCAAACCCAACUAUGACACCAACUCCUAUACACGCUACAAUGGAGACACUCGCCAGACCUUCUCUGCUGCUGCUCAUGGUGCACAUGGACACGGACAGGCCCAGAAUGCAGGACACGGCCACAGUACAGUGGUCACAGCGCCAGGUUCUGCCCCACUGUCCCGCCAUGCGCAGCCCACAUCAACAGCAACAACAACAUCAUUUGCAAAUGGCAGCCACACUCUCCCGCCACCCAAGACUCUGGUGGUCACCACAAACUCUGCCCCAUCCCCUCCUAACAUGGUACGCAGCAAUGGCUCUGUGAGCCUCAAACCGGUCGUGACGUCCACGCACGGGCAGCACACGCACUCCUACGCGGUGAGCCAGGCCACGCUGGAGAGGAUGGGAGCGGUGCCUGUCAUGGUGCCUGCCCAGAGCAGAGCAGGCUCGCUGGUCUGAAGUCUGAUUUGGUAAACUGUUGGCUUUAAAAACAAGACAAGAUGAGUGUUUGGUUGUGAUGUUUUGAAAUCCAGUGAAGAAAAACAGACUUAAUAUGGGCUGAAGCAGCCCGAUGCCCUUUACAACUGUGUUUUCUGUAUGUCUUGACCUCUUUAUUUCAAAACAGAACAGGAUUUUACACUGCAGAGUUCAUUCAAUGCCAAUUCCUUGAUGGACGGGACUCCCCCCCCCCCCAUUUUAUAGACAAGCACUGUAUGGAAUCUCAUCACCCCCUUAUUGGAUGGAUUUUCCUGGCAUCUGGUGGGAAUUAUUUUUCCAAAAUUUUGGUGAUUUCACAAUGCUGGAGUGGAAUUUCCUGCGGAAUCUGGAUUCCCAGAGCUUUUCAGGGCUGGAUCAUUGUGAUGAUUGUUUUUGUCUUUUUUUUUUUACUCAAAGUAACACAAGGCAUUUUCAUCUCAGUGUGUCCAUACUACAUGGUCAGACAGAAGCAAGCUUGGAUUCUCAUGUAAAUGCAUGUGUCUCUUGUUUUAGGAUAACACAUUGUCCGUAUUAUUUCUACUAAUUUCAGUUGUAAUUUUGAUUGAGAGUAAUGACGGGAAUGAUGAGGAUUAUGCACUGAAAAAGUGAAUGUUCUCACAUCUGAUGGGAAGAACUUAAAUGAUGAUGUUGGGUGGAAUGGCCUUAGAAGAGAGAGGAGUUUUACUGGGUGCAAUACAUCACAUAAUAUACUUUGAAUGCAAACAUUUUGCUUUAGUUUUUGCACUUAUCAGAGCAAUUUUUAUAUCAAAACUGCUGUCUUAUGAACAAUAACUCUUACUAAUGAUAUGCUUUACAGAUCAGACUUUCUUGCAUAUACAUUAGAACAUAGCACGUGGGUGAUUUCCAGAGAGAAACACUGCAAAAAGCUUUUCACGACAGAAAGCCCAUCGUUGUCCAUCCACAAUGUUGUCCUAAUCUGGUUCACGUCACAUCAGUGCUGCUUUGAGAAGACACCGACAAGAUGAUGUCUUAUUUCAUAAAUGCUUUAUAAAGAGACAAAUAUAUAUUUAAAGGUGUUUUUUUUCCCCCUUGGCAAAUUCUGACACCUACUGUUUUCUAAUGUACAUAUUGUAACUACAACAGUUGGCUAGAUUGUGAAACAAAGAAAAUACUGACGAAAACUUAUUUUAAAACAAAUGUGUCUUAAUUUUAAAACGGUUCUUUUUGUCACAUUAGACACUGUUAUUGGUUUCAGUUGGUUUCAUUUUCUAGUACUGCCAUUUCAUCCAGAAUGGCUCCACAUUACUAUAAAGUAAAGGAAGUAUCACUGUGUUUCUGACCUCCUGUAUUUAUAUUUAACCAAAUCUCACCAGCGGAAAAAAAAAUGUUACACAGCUGUAACAGUAUUCUCAAAUUCAGAAAUCCUCACUUCUUAUUUUGCAUUACAUUUAAUGCACAUUACCAAUAAUUUCUUGUCGCUUUGAUGCAAUAUUUGAUACAGUAAUUAUUUUUGUGCAACAUGCAGUAUUGGAAAGUGUGUUUUAUUCUUUAAAGCAAUUUCUCUUUGUGUCUGAUUAAUGAAUUUUUAAUUAAAUGUGCUGUUUUGGCAUUUAAAAUCUGUAAUGUUAGCAUAUGUGCUAACAGAAAUGUAAACAAAUACAAUAUCAUGACUUAUGGUGGAUUUCAUCUGGAUGACUUCAUUAACUUCAAUAACACUUAGUGGACUUGUGUUGACUAUUAAAUUUAUGUCUUCAUGCCAUUUUCUGGUAAGUCUUAGAUUCACUAAAAGUUAAUUGAAUUAGACAAUAAAAACUGGGAAAGUUGACAGCUCGUCUAAAGUGGUAUUUGUAUUUAGAGUGAAAACAUAAACAAACACAAUGAACUUUAGUGCAAACAAAUAUUUGGAUAAUAUAAGCAAUAAGUACUAGACAAGGUUACGUACUUACGGAGUCCAGUAAACACUGGUUUGUAGUUUACAGAGACCUCAAUCAUAGUAUAAAGUUCUUCUGUUUCUGCCUGGAAGUCAUGAAGGAAAUGGCUUAAUGUUUUAAUUCUGCAUGUUUUUUUUUUUUAAAUGUCUUCGCUAUUAGUUACAGUAUGUACCAGUCCUGAUCAAUCACAAAUUUGUUCAUCAUCAUAUAUCUGCAGCCAUUACAGACAUUAAUCCAACAUGUUUUUUCUUUUCUUUUCUUUUCUUUUUGUCUCAAAGCUGUCAACUAUCUACACACUCAUACCCACACACUGAUUUAUAAACACACUCGAGCUGAAAAAGGUCAAAUGAUCAAAUGCCAAUUAUCAUCUCCCCUCUUUUUUGAGAAAUAUACAUCUUCUGUCUGUAUAGAUUUCACUCGCCAUCUCUCCUAGUGUCCCUGCCCUAAACAAUGGCUGACAACAUCAAAGACAAACGUUUCUUCUCACAGCUCUGGCUUUAGGCUGGAAAGAAUUUCAGAAUGGAGAAGCUACACUUGUUAUUUCACUCUGCCUUCUGUUUGCAGAAACAAUGGAGGAAAGAGAGCACAAUUUGUAGAAAACUACUUUUGUUUUAACCCAGAUUUGAAAUAAAAACAACAACAAAAACAUCUCAUCUUCUACACUGGCCAUCAGUUGGCAUGUGGUACACAAGGUGGUAUAUGGGUUGUGUAUAUAACUAAAUACUGACAUGUGAUAUAUUGCCAAUAGCAAACCAAUCUGUAAAUAUGUACAAAAAUAAAUCUUGUUCUUACUGUUGGGUUGAAAUGAAAUAGAAAAAAUAACACUGGAACUUGUAGUGAAUAAAUAUUGUU